UCAUCUAAUCCAAAAAGAGGUCUUGUUUCUAAACCAAUUUUGCAUUCAGCAUACAACUCGCGUGCACAAAUAGAUCUAAUUGAUAUGCAAUCGCAGAGUAUAAACAAUUACAGAUUUAUAAUGAAUUAUCAGGAUCACUUGACAAAAUUUGUUAUACUUAAACCACUAAAGACUAAACGAGCAGAAGAAAUAGCAUAUAACUUAAUGGAAAUUUAUACAACUUUUGGAGCGCCAGCAAUUCUACAUUCCGAUAAUGGAAGAGAGUUUGUUAAUAGUGUAAUUAAUGAAUUACAUACUAUGUGGGGCGAUGUUAAAAUAGUGCACGGAAAACCAAGACAUAGUCAGAGUCAGGGGUCUAUAGAACGUGCGAACCGGGACGUGGAAGAUAUGUUGGCGACAUGGAUGGCGGAAACAAAUUCAACAGAUUGGCCAUCUGGAUUAAAAUUUAUCCAAUUUCGAAAAAAUCGUGCUUUUCAUUCUGGUAUCGGUCGAUCACCUUAUGAGGCGAUGUUUGGUUGUCCAGCUCGUUUAGGUGUUGUAUCAAUUGGUUUACCGGUUGACGAAAUUAGCUCUUUGAAAUCUGAGGAAGAUAUUGAAUGUAUUUUGAAGUCAAACAAAGACGAGGGAGUCGAAGAAAAUGUACCGUGUACUAGUAACUUGGAACAAGUGACUAGUGACAUAGAACUUGUUGAUCAACGAAAACAAAAUAUACUUGAUGCACGUCAAUCAUCUGCUCACAAUUUAGAAAAACAGGCACUAAAAAUGGUUAAAACAUCCAAUAGAAAAUAUGAUGAACUUAGUGUUGGAACUACAGUACGUCUGAGUAUUCCAGAUGUAGAUCGUGCUCGUGGAUCACCAAGAAAUGUAUUAGCGGUUGUAACAGAAGUUAAGGACGAUUUAUACAAGCUAUGCACUGAAAGUGGAUUUUUAAAACAUAUGUACACGAGAUCAGAAAUAAAUCCUUGCAAAGCAAAUUUAUUGGAUCUAAGUACUGUUUUAAAAUCGGCAGGUCAAUCAGAAAAACCGUUAUCACUUCGGGAGGCAGCUACUGUAAAUAGUAUUUCAGGGGCACAAGGAUAUACCCGAUGUCAAUGUAAGACAAAAUGCAAGACGAACAGGUGUGCUUGCAGAUCGGCAUCUAGAAUUUGUAAUUCUAAAUGUCAUGGAAGUUUGCCAUGUGAAAAUAAAAAUGAGUAACUACGUUGCAAAUCAUAAAACAAUGUGAAAAAGCUUAAAUUACAUAAAUUAAAA